AUGUUGGUGAUCCUGUGGGACCCUGACACGCUCCUCCACAAAACCGUUGAGCUGUUGGGCUCAAAUCUCAUUCCUGCCUUGGAAUCACCAGAACGGUUGGAAGCAAUCCUCCAAGCUUUACACGAUUCUGAGUAUGGGGCCGCCACAAAGCAAGUCAGCUCGCUGCGGGAAGGCCCGAAGCCGCGACUUCUCGAACUCACCUCGAAAACACAUGGGCACGAAUAUUUGCAACACCUACGAAACGUGUACGAGGAGUGGCUAUCGGCCGGCCUGAUCGAGAAGGACGGGCAUGUUCUGCCAGAGUGUUUUGUGUUGCCGACUUCGACGGGGAAACCACUACGUCCGCCCAAGGACCUUUUCGCAAGAGCAGGAUAUUAUGCCUUUGACAUGAGCAGUGGCAUCAUGUCAGAGAGUUAUCGAGCCAUGGUGGCUUCCGCAAACCUCGCAUGUGAGGGGACGGACAUGCUAUUAGGCUUUGAUAGUGGCCAACCCAACGACGUCGACACCGUCGUAGCUCUGUGUCGGCCACCAGGACACCACUGCGACGGUCAGCGAGCAGGUGGCUACUGCUACAUCAACAAUGCUGCUUUAGCAGUGAGUACGUGGCGGUCAUAUCAGCCUGAUGCACAGAUCGGAAUCCUGGAUAUCGACUUCCACCAUGGCAAUGGCACUCAGGAGAUUUUCUAUGCCGAUGGCAAGGUUCUGUACGUCAGCAUUCACGGGAAAGACGAGUUUCCGUAUUACACCGGCGAGGAAGAUGAGAUAGGCCUUGGCGAGGGGCAGGAUAUGAACAUCAACCUUCCACUCAAAGUUGGCAGCUCAAUCGAAGAGUACCUGGAAAAACUCGACCAUGGCCUGAAGAAACUUGUGGAGUUCAAGACCGAGUUCUUGAUUGUGAGUCUGGGGUUCGACACCUUUCAUGCGGAUCCGUUAGGUCAUUUCCAGAUUCACACAGAAGACUAUGAGACUAUUGCGAGGACAACAAGACAGGCACUCAAGACAAUGCCAGCACUUAUUCUUCUUGAGGGCGGAUAUGUGAUUGAGCACCUUGGUGCGAAUAUGUUGUCAUUCCUCAAAGGGUGGAACUCUACCUGA